AUGGCCAAACGCAAGCGCAACGACCUCCCGAAGGAGGAGAAGCCUACUGAAAGCCCUGCCAAAUCAGUCAAAUCUGCUCCGACCCCUUCGCAAGCUCCCGACACAGCUCUUACCAUCCAAGUGGUCACUGGCUCCUACGAGCGUGUGUUGCACGGUUUUACGGCUGGCAUACCCGCCCCCAGUCUGGAUGCGAAAGAGGAUGCCUCUAAAGAGUCUGAUUCUUCUAUCCAAUGCGUGGAUACCUUCUUGUUCGAGGCCCAUGGUUCCGCAAUUCGCUGUCUCGCCCUCUCCCCGCUCCCCAAGGCCACUGACUCGCCGGAUGCUCAAAAGGUAUUCUUGGCCUCCGGUUCGACCGACGAGAGAAUCCAGCUGUACUCCCUCGCCGCUGCACCCCCCGCCGUGAGUGACGAAUAUCCGUCUGUGCCGACCCUCGCCGGAAACAAGAUUCUCGAGAACCCCAAAAACCGCGAGCUGGGAUCACUGUUGCACCACUCUGCCAGCAUUACUGCAUUGAGCUUUCCGUCGCGCAGCAAGCUGCUUGCAGCUGGUGAGGAUAACAUGAUCUCUGUGUCCAAAACCCGUGAUUGGACUGUGGUGUCAACCAUUAAAGCCCCACGCCCAAAGGUCCAAGGCCGCCCCAGCGGUGACACAGCGCCGCCGGAUGGUGCGCCAUCUGGUGUCAACCACUUUGCAGUCCACCCGAGCAUGAAGUUGAUGCUGAGCGUGGGUAAGGGAGAGAAGUCUAUGCGGCUGUGGAAUUUGGUGACAGGCAAGAAGGCAGGAGUGUUGAACUUUGGACGAGAGAUUCUCCAAAGUGUCAAAGAGGGCAAAUGGAGCAGUGGAGAGGGCCGUCGUCUCGCAUGGAACGCUGCUGGUGAGGAGUUUGCCGUGGCCUUUGAAUGGGGAGUCGUGGUGUUCGGAGUUGAUUCGACUCCCAAGUGCAGACUUCUUCCCGGCCCCCGAAGCAAGAUUCAUCAGAUGAAAUAUAUCUCUUUGACCGGUGAAGGGGAUGAGAAGAAGGACUUGCUCGCUGUCUCUACAGAGGAUGGUCGCGUCAUCUUCUACUCGACGACAAUCCUGCAAGAUGUUGAUGAGAAUGAUGAGUCCACCAUUCCCCACGCUACUUCGGUAGCUCAGGUCGGCGGCAAACAAGCUGGUAUACCUGGACGUAUCAAGGAUUUCGAGGUCUUGAGCUUGGAGGAACAAGCAAAGGAGAUCCGCAACGACUUCUUGCUGGUGACAGGAAACAGCGAUGGAGCAGUUCGUGUCUGGAAGGUCAGUGGAAAGGACCUGGCGCCUGCAAAUAAAUCCAAGGGCACAGAUCGCCAGAUUGGAAAGCUCCUGACAACCUAUGAGACCGGAAACCGCAUCACAUGCCUAGCAGCCUUCAUCAUGCUGCCGGCAGAGGAUCCUUCGACCCUCUUCGACUCGGCUGAAGAUGAGUCUGAGGAGGAAGACGAAGAGUCCUCGAGCGAUGAGGACGACGAGUAA